AGUUAGUCUUUACCAGUCGUACGAUUCGAAUCGUUAAACUUGUCUCUUGAAAUAAUUUUUUUUUUUUAACAUCAAAUAAUAUUGUCAAAGAAAGAUUCUUCUUCUCGUGAUUAUUUUAUUAUUUAAAAAAAAAAUAUAGUGCAAAAUGUAUGCUAAACCGAAGAAUGCUAAAAAUGAAGAUGAUAUUAAUAAAAUUUUGAGUUCGUCACCUUUCGACAAGCCUAAACUAAUGCACGGUGGAAAUUAUAUAAAAGAAGGAAAGGAUUCGGCUAAGAGUACUUGUAUAAUAUUUUCACCCAAAGGGGAUGAUAAAGUUGGAGAAUUAGGAAAAUAUCUUGAAUUAUUUGCCAAAUAUGAGAUCAAUCUUUUACACAUUGAAUCGAGAAGUUCACGUCGUGUUAAUGGUUACGAAUUUAUGGUUGAAUGUGCACCCAGUUUAAACCUUGGAUCUGUCAUCGAAGAUCUUCGAGUACAAUGCAAAUACUUUUCUAUUAUUUCUAGGAAUCACAAGGACAAUAUGGACACAGUACCAUGGUUUCCUAGAAGAAUCAGAGAUCUAGAUAAAUUUGCCAAUCAAAUUCUUUCCUAUGGAUCGGAACUUGACAGCGAUCAUCCUGGAUUUACUGAUCCCGUUUAUCGACAAAGAAGAAAAUAUUUUGCUGACUUGGCAUAUAAUUACAAACAUGGUCAACCAAUACCAAAGGUAGAAUACACGCCAGAAGAAACUGCUACGUGGGGGGUAGUCUUUCGAAAUUUGACCAAACUUUAUCCAAAAUAUGCUUGCAAAGAACACAAUCACGUGUUUCCACUUUUCAUAGAAAAUUGUGGAUACAGGGAAGACAAUAUUCCUCAACUUGAAGAUAUAUCUAAUUUUUUGAAAGAUUGUACCGGCUUUACUUUACGUCCGGUAGCAGGUCUACUUUCUUCUCGUGAUUUUUUAGCAGGCUUGGCCUUCAGAGUAUUUCAUAGUACGCAAUAUAUCAGACACAGUAGUAAACCCUUGUACACUCCUGAACCAGAUAUUUGUCACGAAGUACUCGGUCAUGCACCACUUUUUGCUGAUCCCGCGUUCGCACAAUUUUCACAAGUCGUUGGUUUGGCAUCUCUCGGUGCACCUGACGAAUAUAUCGAGAAACUUGCUACGUGUUUUUGGUUCACGGUAGAAUAUGGUAUAUGCCGACAAGAUGGCGAAUUGAAAGCUUACGGUGCCGGUUUGUUAUCAUCAUUUGGCGAACUGGAAUAUUGUUUAAGUGGAAAACCAGAAUUACGUCCUUUCGAUCCAGCCAAAACGUCAUUACAAAAAUAUCCGAUAACGGAAUAUCAACCAGUUUACUUCGUUACGGAUGGUUUCGAUGAUGCCAAAGAAAAGAUGAUUAAAUUUGCACAAACUAUACCAAGAAAGUUUGGAGUCAGAUACGAUCCUUACACGCAAACAAUCAACAUCAUCGACAGUAAACAUCAAAUAGAAGAUUUGAUUCAUAACGUCAAUCAAGAAGUUCAAAUUUUGAUGGAAGCAUUGAGCAAAUUAAAGGAAUAAACGUCACCAAUAUUUUUCUUUACUAUUUUCUAGCUAAUAUAAAAUAAACGUUAUUAAUUAGGAGAAAGGAAAGGGAGAGAG